CCACCAAAUCACAAGAUGAUCACAAUAUUCUGCGCUUUCUUCACUCUUCUGACCUGUGUCAGUGGAGCGACUGUAGUGACUCAGAGUCCAGUAAUCACAGUCAGUAAAGGAGAAACAGCUAAACUGGACUGUAAUCUGGGGACAAUAACUGAUUCUUCUGCUAGAUGGUACAAACAGACUCCAGCAGGAAUUCAGCAUGUGUUAAGAUUUUAUCAUAGCUGGAGCUCAGUUGAAUAUGGAUCUGGUUUCUCUGCUCCUAAAUUCACAUCAAAACAUUCAUCUAAAUCAGAUUAUAGUCUGAUCAUCAGUAAUGUGGAUGUGGAUGAUUCUGCAGUGUAUUACUGUAAGACAUGGGACAGCUCUGUUAGAGAGUACGUAUUCGGCCAGGGAACAAAACUCAACGUGAUCGACUUCCCCCUCUCUCCUCCUGUUCUGACACUCUUGUCUCCGUCCGCUGAGGCUCUGAAGGAGAGUAAAGCUACACUUGUGUGUCUGGCUGAGGAUAUUUCAGUAGCUCUGGUGCACGUCACCUGGUCAGUCAACGGUCGCUCCGUCACAGAAGGAGUCUGGAGCAGUCCUACUGAGAAACAGCAAGACAAAACCUUCAAAAUGAGCAGCUAUCUGACCAUCGAGUCGUCUGAGUGGAUGGAUAAUGCAGAUUUCUCAUGUGAAGUGUCAGUGGGGUCCAAAUUCACUAAGAAAAGUAUCUCCGCUUCACAGUGCUGAAAAAGUGUCUGAAUCAAAAUGUCAGCGGUUUUGCCUUUAUUUCUUUUCAUGUUUGUGAACGGUGUAUCUGACAUUGACUAUGACUACGUACUUCGGUUUUGGGUUUUGAUUCUGCAAAAAUAAAAAUCUUUGGCAUGACA